AUGAGGAUACCGUGCAAGGGCAUCGUCAGGUUUCCCGAGGAAAGAGUUCGCUACGAGGUGGCAACUAUGCGGUAUAUCUCCGCUAACACCAGUAUUCCUCUGCCCAAAGUCUACCAUUCCGGAACGGCAGCAGAGAACCCUACUGGCCUCGGGCCUUUCGUCAUCAUGAAGUAUGUCGACCAUGAGAGAACCAUGUCCGAAGCCCUCAAGGAUCCGACGCUCAAUUCCGACGAGGAUCACGUACUGGAUCCCGAUAUCGGCGAGCAAAAACUUGAGUUUCUGUAUGGCCAGAUGGCGAACAUCAUGCUCCAACUGUCUGCCCUUGCAUUUCCUCGAAUCGGUUCCUUGGUUCAGGACGCGGAUGGACGCUUCACUGUGUCGGGCCGGCCUCAUCCAGAACAUGAACUCUUUCAUGUCGCAUCUCCAUCCCGAUUAUUCUGCGAGGAUUUGCGUCCUUCCAACGUCUUGAUUGACAAGGAUCUCCGCGUCGUUGGCGUCAUAGAUUGGGAGUUCACCUACGCCGCACCGUCCCAAUGCACUUCCGACCCCCCUUGGUGGCUUCUCCUGCAGAGGCCGGAGUCCUGGCCCGGCGGGUACGGUCCAUGGAUGGAAGCAUACAAGCCGCGUCUUGAGACCUUCCUCCGUGUCUUAGACGGCGAGGAAAGGAAUAUGGCAUCCUCCUCCGGGAACGUCGACAACGCGGCGUCACCUUCCCUGUCCCGCGACUUGCAACCUCCCCUCUCCCUCCAGAUGAGGGAAAGCUGGGAGAAACAGACGUUCAUGAUCAGCUACGCAGCCAGAAACAGUUGGGUAUUCGACUUCAUCUUCUGGAGGUACCUGGAUGGAAGGUAUUUCGGGCCAAACGAGGAUGGAGACUAUCGUGCGAGGCUGGAUCUUCUCACCCAGCAGGAGCUUGAGGCUAUGGAAGCCCUAGUAAAGAUGAAGAUGGAGCAGCGUGAGGAACGCACUCUGGUGACAUUGGAUGAUGACGACGCAGCCGCUCAACUGACGAAGUUCAUGAUAUAG